AUGUCAAGUGACAUUUCCUUUCAGAUGCCGCGAGUUUUCUUGGAACAUUGGGGUGGGCGGCGCACAUUCUCAUGCGAGAAGUGUGGCACUUAUCUUUCAAACAGGCAAGAAGUUGUUUCUACUCGGUUUAGUGUAUGGACAAUGUGCCCUUUUCCAACUUGGCGGUUAUUUUACUUUGUUCAGUUACUCUUCGCUGCAUAA